GAAGAACUCGUUCAGAGACACGUUUAAAAACGAGAGGCAGGAACGAAAAGUGAGACAGACAAAGAGGAGCGAUGGAUGAAUUCAGAAGGAUAAAAAUGUCUUUAUAUCUGAUACUGGUGCUUCACUUUACAGCACUGACUGAACAACAUUCUCCCUCCUUCAUUAUCAGACAUGGAGGUGAAAUCACUUUGCCUUGUGAAAAUGUAACAGAUGAUGAGGACGACUGUGACGAUACUGACUGGGUCUUCAAUUGCUCAGAGCAGACAAGUGCAGUAGUGCUGGUUAGAUCUGGGCAGACUGACAAUUCUGAGAUUUCCAAAUCUAAAUCAGACAGACUGAGUGUUGCAGGGAACUGUGCUCUGGUUAUAAAGAACGUCACAGUCAAGGAUGUUGGUUGUUACACCUGCAGAGAACCAGGAGAACAAGAGAGUCCAGGUGCUCGGGUUCAUCUGUCUGUUAUUAACAUAACUGAACAGCGGAGCACUGAUAAGGUGACACUGAGCUGUUCUGUGUCAACACAUGGAAAUUGUGGACACACAGUGAUGUGGCUGUUUGGGGGAAAAGAUGUGGAUAAAGACAACAAUGACUUGAAGACAUCACAGUCUGAAUGCUCGGCCAAUGUGAGCUUCACAACUUCUCAUUUUAUUUACAAGUCUCAGAACUAUGAAUUGUUGAAAUGUGCAGUGAAGGAUGGUUACAGUGGAAAAGAGCAGCAGUUUCCCUUCAGCCCUCCAUCCUCAGGAAAAAACAAAAGAGCACCUGGAAACAAAGAGACAAGAACAAACCCAGAAGAUUGGUGGUGGUACAUCAUUCCAGCUGUGGGGUUAACAGCACUCCUGAUAACUGCUGUGGCUCUUGUUAGAUGGAGGAAGAAUAAAGGGGACAAAACACAGACGGAUGAAAACAUGGCUGAUCCUGAAGAUGGUAUUUCCUACGCCUCCAUCAGCCACACCAAGAUGACCAACAGUGAAGUUCGGAUUCGGGGUGGUGAUUAUGCAGUGACCUACAGCACUGUGAAAGUUCCCUCCUCCUCUGCUGGAGACUCCACUGAUCCCUGUAACCUCUAUGCUGCCAUCUAACCAAACAAAUACCAGACCACAGUGUAACGUUUGACAUCAAUACGUUUAUUUUACAAUUCAUUAAUUAAAGAAUUCUAGUGUGAAAACAAAGUUCAACAAGUUUUUAUUCCCAGAGUGCUUGUGGACCGAAUUUAACCAGAAUUCACAAAUUUUAUUGAAUCCCGUAUGAAUUUGGUCUACAUGGUCCAAAUCCUGCAGAUUAUCUUGUGGUUUAUCCUCAUGGUCUGGCUCUUACUUAGUUAUUUA